AUUCUUCUCCCCAGGAGCCCCCGCCAACUCUCCAGGGUACAAAGUACAGCAGGGACGCGGGCGGGGCGGCUCGGAGCGGCGCAGCCUUAUCUCCGCCAGUGAACACCUAGAUGCAUUUCCAAUUCCGCGCCCGGCGCGUUCCGGAGCGAGUCUCUGGCUCCUCUGAGCUCUCAGCCGCGCGUCCUCGUUUCUGGGGUCGAUUCCCGUGGGAGACGCGGGGUCCUCUGGACGCUACAAGCUUUCUUAAGAGAUUUGAAACGCUUUACCCAGGCCCCCGAACACCCCCGCCGGCCAAGAGCUGCCUGCGGUAUUAGAUCGCAGAAGUCCCUAACGCAUGGUAGUUGUGCUUCCUCCUCGUCACGGUCUCGGCGUAGGGUCAAUUUCUGCGACUCUCGGAGUAAUUGCGUGGGCACCUGUGCUGGGACCCAACCCAAAGAGGCGAGUUGGACCGCGCGGAGAACGUCAGCCUGCUUCCAGACCGCACAUGCACUUCGCCAGGGCCGUCUCCCCGUCGGGCUGGAGGUGGCGCGCUCUGGUUGCUGACGCGCUGGUGGUGCCUUAUUAAUCAUUCACCAGCCCAGAACCGCGCCAGUUAAUGUCUGUGCCGCGUGGGGCUCCAGCAUUCCGGCCUCCCUCUCCACGCUCGCGAGUGCCCCGGCGCCCCGGAGCGGCAAGCGCCGCGCUCAGGAAGCCGCCGGGCAAUGCGCCCUGCCGGUGCCGGUAGGAGCCGAGCUCCCCGCAGCCGCUGCGCUCUACCCGGAGGCGCCGGGUGGCUGUGAGCUGGGGAGAGCGGUCGGGUGCGGAGGGAGGGCGCAGGCGGCGGGGGCGCAAGGAGAGAGCCCCAGCCCUGGCAGCCCCACAGGCCCCCCUCGGCUGGGAUGUUCCCCAAUGGCACCGCCUCCUCUCCCUCCUCUCCUAGCCCCAGCCCGGGCAGCUGCAGCGAAGGCGGCGGCAGCAGGGGCCCCGGGGCCGGCGCUGCGGACGGCAUGGAGGAGCCAGGGCGAAACGCCUCCCAGAACGGGACCUUGAGCGAGGGCCAGGGCAGCGCCAUCCUCAUCUCUUUCAUCUACUCCGUGGUGUGCCUGGUGGGGCUGUGUGGGAACUCUAUGGUCAUCUACGUGAUCCUGCGCUACGCCAAGAUGAAGACUGCCACCAACAUCUAUAUCCUAAACCUGGCCAUUGCUGAUGAGCUGCUCAUGCUUAGCGUGCCCUUCCUGGUCACCUCCACGUUGUUGCGCCACUGGCCCUUCGGCGCGCUGCUCUGCCGGCUCGUGCUCAGCGUGGACGCGGUCAACAUGUUCACCAGCAUCUACUGUCUGACCGUCCUCAGCGUGGACCGCUACGUGGCCGUGGUGCACCCCAUCAAGGCGGCCCGCUACCGCCGGCCCACCGUGGCCAAGGUAGUGAACCUGGGCGUGUGGGUGCUGUCGCUACUCGUCAUCCUGCCCAUUGUGGUUUUCUCCCGCACCGCGGCCAACAGCGACGGCACGGUGGCCUGCAACAUGCUCAUGCCCGAGCCCGCCCAACGCUGGCUGGUGGGCUUCGUGUUGUACACAUUUCUCAUGGGCUUCCUGCUGCCCGUCGGGGCCAUCUGCCUGUGCUACGUGCUCAUCAUUGCCAAGAUGCGCAUGGUGGCCCUCAAGGCUGGCUGGCAGCAGCGCAAGCGCUCGGAGCGCAAGAUCACCCUAAUGGUGAUGAUGGUGGUGAUGGUGUUUGUCAUCUGCUGGAUGCCGUUCUACGUGGUGCAGCUGGUCAACGUGUUCGCUGAGCAGGACGACGCCACAGUGAGCCAGCUGUCGGUCAUCCUCGGCUAUGCCAAUAGCUGUGCCAACCCCAUCCUUUACGGCUUUCUCUCGGACAACUUCAAGCGCUCUUUCCAGCGCAUCCUCUGCCUCAGCUGGAUGGACAACGCCACGGAGGAGCCAGUCGAUUACUACGCCACGGCCCUCAAGAGCCGCGCCUACAGCGUGGAGGACUUCCAGCCCGAGAACCUGGAGUCCGGCGGCGUCUUCCGUAAUGGCACCUGCACGUCCCGGAUCACAACGCUCUGAGCCUGGGCCACGCAGGGGCCCUGCGCCAAAAGAGGAGGAGAAUGAGGAGAAGGGAGGCCCCGGUGCGAAAGGGGACGGUAUCCAGGGCGCCAGGGUGUGGUGGGAGUAACGUGGGGCGAGGGCACCGCCAGCCUCUGGUGCAGGGACCCGAGAAAGGCGCUUGACGAUGGUAGGAUUGAGAGAUUUGUUUAUAAACUGAGAUGGCUGUCUGUCAUCUCGCUCUCCCACUCCGCUCCUUUCUCAGCUGCGCUUGCUCCUCCGACCGAUCCAAACUCCCCACCCUGCAACUUCGAUCCUUGCUUCCGCACCGUCCCGCCGGUGCAGAUCACGCACUCAUUCACGUUGCUAACUCAGUCCAAUCCUCAGUCCCUCCAGCGCUGUUUCUGUUUGUUCAAGCUGAGCCACGGUUACCGCCAAGGGUGUCCCUCAGGGUUGGUCCUUAGCUCGCCCUCAGCCCCGCCCAGCCGCGCCGGGCGCGGUCCGGGUUCUGCCUGGUGCCCCUAGGGGAGUCCCGGGGACCACCGCUCUCCCUUUGCGCAGCCCUACUUGAAGGGAAGUUAGACUUGAGGAAGAACUAGGUAGCUGGUCCGUUUUCCCACUCUGGGGUGAAACUGCGUCUUUCCCGGCCCCUCCACCACGCCCACUCCACCCAGCGGAGCCAGGUGCUUAGUGAAAUAGGUCCCGCGCUUCGAACCCCAGGCUUUCUGCAGUCCCCAUCCAAGCUCUCCUUGGAGCAAAAGGGAGCUAAGAAUGAGCCAAAUGAGUUUUUAUGAGAUUCUGGGAGGUGUGUGGGGGCGGGGAGGAAGGGGUGUACCAGAAGCCACCCUCUCACCGGGCUCAAGACUGGCGCCCUUGACGUCAAAGACCAAGCACUGGGCGCUCCUGGGCCACAUUAGGCAGGGCAGAACUCACUUCUCUGGGACCUCCAGGCCGCGCGCCUGCCCCUCCCUCCGCUUGGCUUUCUCCCUCACUUAAGAUUCUGGAGAAGCCCACCUAAGGGUAACAAGAAGAUUCCUGUUCCAGUUUAUCUUGAAGACCCAGUGAGGCCAGGACCUAGGGUGACGCCUUCAUAGCCUUAACCAACAUGGGCUUGUGUGGCCACCACCUGCAGGCUCCGGAGUGCGGCCUGCCUGGCCUGUGAGGGUUGCUGCCUUUCAAGCGGUGCCUAAUAAGUUAUUUAUUGCUUAACAUAUUUAUUUAUUUAUUUAUUCGUGGUGUUGGAACGUGUGUUUCUGCUUUCCUUUUCUCUAUCUGCCCAGCUCAGCUCCCCGGGUCUUGUCUUUGGGACCCUGUGAGUGGGAAUGGAAGCGGAAGUGGAGGACAGCUCCCCUCCCACCUGGAGGCCCCCUUAAAACCUCUCCUCUUGGCCGGGCCCUCUUUUCUUAUCCUUUCCUCUAGCUUUUCUAAUUUUGCUUGUGUUCUGUGAAGUUUGGAGAUUUUUUCAUGGUUUGUUUGUUGUAGUGUCUUGCUUGUCUUAUUAGAAUAACAGAUAAAUGAUGAUGUGAGUUAGUCUCCUCUCCAUGCGCAGUGGAAGGUACUGAACUCCUGGCUUUCCAGGAGACAUACAUAGGGGAAACACCACAGCAUAUAUCAUUUGAGAGAGAGAGAGUGUGUAUAUAUAUAUAUGAUGUGGACAUAUAUAUAUGUGUGUGUGUGUUUAUCUUGCUUCAUUGUCACAAGUCCAUAGAACUAUUCCAAGUACAGUCGCUGACGGUGCCAGGUGUGAGUCUGGCUGGAACACUUUCAGUUUCUGGGGUUCAAGCACCACUCCUCCACCGGGAGCUGAGAAAUCUAAUUCAGACAGAGACUUUAAUCACUCCUGAGGAUGCCCCUGCUUCCUCUGGGUUCCAGCAGAGGUGAUUCUUGUGCACAAUCCAGUUAACUGUCACUCCUUUUGAGGACACUGAAAGUGGAAUAAUUUGUGUCUAUGUUUAAUCUUAACUACAUUGGAAGCCUGAGCAGAGCAAGGAACGAUAAUUUUACUUCUUUGUAUUUCCUGUAUUGCUUUAGUACGUUGGCUUGUACAUAGUAGGCACUAAAUACACAUUUGUUGGUUGAUUGUUUAAGCCAGAGUGUAUUGCAACAAUCCGGAGAUACUAAAUCUGGGGUUCUCAGGUUCUCUCAUUGACAUGAUACACAAUGGUUGAAAUCACUACUGAAAAAGAUGUUUUGUAUAUAUUUGCUUCUAGAACUUUAUGCUUUCCUGAAAGCAGUAAACAAGAGUUAAGAUGUCCCUAAUGUUUUGUUUAAACUAAUGAACAAAUAUGCUUUUGGUAAUAAAUCAGAAAGUUUAGGUCUGUUCCUUAACAAUUAUAUAUAUUAUUACUCCUUUGGAAAAUAGAUUUUUAAUGGUUAAGAACAGUGAAAUUUACAAAUUAAAAUCUUGAUCAUUAUCCUUUUAAAGGAUACAAAUCUAGUGCUCUUAACCUGUUAUCAUUGUAUUACUAACUAAAUAAAACAGAUUAUGCUGUUGCAA